AUGACGUCCACCUGCACCAACAGCACGCGCGAAAGCAACAGCAGCCACACGUGCGUGCCCCUGUCCAAAAUGCCCAUCAGCCUGGCCCACGGCAUCAUCCGCUCGAGCGUGCUGCUCGUGUUCCUCACCGCCUCUUUCGUCGGCAACAUCGUGCUGGCGCUCGUGUUGCAGCGCAAGCCGCAGCUGCUGCAGGUCGCCAACCGCUUCAUCUUCAACCUCCUGGUCACUGACCUGCUGCAGAUUUCGCUCGUGGCCCCCUGGGUGGUGGCCACCUCCGUGCCUCUCUUCUGGCCCCUCAACAGCCACUUCUGCACCGCGCUGGUGAGCCUCACUCACCUGUUCGCCUUCGCCAGUGUCAACACCAUCGUGGUGGUGUCCGUGGACCGCUACCUGUCCAUCAUCCACCCUCUCUCCUACCCCGCUAAGAUGACCCCCCGCCGGGGCUACAUGCUCCUCUACGGCACCUGGAUCGUGGCCAUCCUGCAGAGCACCCCCCCUCUCUACGGCUGGGGCCAGGCUGCCUUUGACCAGCGCAACGCCCUCUGCUCCAUGAUCUGGGGGGCCAGCCCCAGCUACACCAUUCUCAGCGUGGUGUCCUUCAUCAUCCUGCCGCUGGUCGUCAUGAUUGCCUGCUACUCGGUGGUGUUCGGUGCCGCCCGGCGGCAGCAUGCCCUGCUGUACAACGUCAGGAGCCACAGCUUGGAGGUUCGGGCCAAGGAUCGUGUGGAGAACGAGGACGAAGAGGGAGAGAGGAGGGCUGCGUCCCGGCGCCAGGACGGAGGUGAGGCCAAGGCCGAGGAGGGCGGCGUGCCGGCCGAGGAAGAGAGCGCGGAGGCCAGUGCGGGUAGGGUGGCGGCCGCGGGCAGCGAGGAGGUCCGGGACGGCGGCUCGGUGGCCAGCGAAGGCAGCUCAGAGGGCCGGGACGGUGGCCCCCAACCCGCCGGCAGUGUGAAGGCGGACAAGGGCCGCGUGGAGGUCAGCCAGUGCAACGUCGACCUGGGUGAAGAUGACGCGGAGUUCGGCGAGGAUGACCUCAACUUCAGCGAGGAGGACGUCGAGGCAGUGAACAUCCCCGAGAGCCCCCCGCCCAGUCGUCGAAACAGCACCGGCGACCCCCCUCUGCCCAGGUGCUACCAGUGCAAGGCUGCGAAAGUGAUCUUCCUCAUCGUCUUCUCCUACGUGCUCUCCCUGGGGCCCUACUGCUUUCUGGCGGUUCUGGCCGUGUGGGUGGAUGUCCAAACCAAGGUGCCCCAGUGGGUGAUCACCAUAAUAAUCUGGCUUUUCUUCCUGCAGUGCUGCAUGCACCCCUACAUCUACGGCUACAUGCACAAGACCAUCAAGAAGGAAAUCCAGGAUAUGCUGAAGAAGUUCUUCUGCAAGGAAAAGCCCCCGAAAGAAGACAGCCACCCGGACCUGCCGGGAACAGAAGCCGGCACAGAGGGAGGGACCGAAGGCAAGACCGUCCCUUCGCACGACUCCGUCGCUUUGCCUUGA